GUAUGAACAAAUAAACAGCGCACACAGGCACCGGUCGAGUCUUCUCCGAGUCAAGAAGCUAGAGAGAGAGAGGUCGCGGAGCAGGAAAGAUGGGAGAGGCAGCGAAGACGAUGGUGCACUCACCAAUGGUUACAUACGCAUCGAUGCUCUCACUUCUCACUCUAUGCCCUCCCUUCGUGAUUCUACUAUGGUAUACUAUGGUACAUGCUGAUGGGUCUAUAAUUCAGACUUGGGCCUACCUAAGGCAGCAUGGGGUGCAAGGAUUCAUAAGCAUUUGGCCAAAACCUACUGCAAUUGCAUGGAAAAUAAUUGCUUGUUACGCAGCAUUUGAGGCUGCCCUUCAGCUUUUACUACCAGGCAAGAGAGUCGAGGGACCGAUAUCUCCUGCCGGGAAUAGGCCUGUCUACAAGGCAAAUGGAUUGGCAGCAUAUGCAGUGACUUUGAUUACUUAUCUCAGCCUUUGGUGGUUCGGAAUAUUCAACCCCACAAUCGUCUAUGAUCAUUUGGGAGAAAUAUUUUCAGCACUCAUUUUUGGCAGCUUCAUCUUUUGUAUUUACUUAUACAUAAAAGGUCUUGUAGCACCAUCUUCUACUGAUUCUGGUUCUUCUGGAAACAUUAUAAUAGAUUUCUAUUGGGGCAUGGAGCUGUAUCCUCGCAUUGGCAAGAACUUUGACAUCAAAGUUUUCACUAACUGCAGAUUUGGGAUGAUGUCUUGGGCAGUUCUUGCAGUGACCUAUUGCAUAAAGCAGUAUGAAGCAAAUGGGAGAGUGGCUGAUUCCAUGCUUGUAAAUACUGCAUUGAUGCUGGUGUAUGUCACAAAAUUUUUUUGGUGGGAAGCUGGAUAUUGGAACACAAUGGAUAUUGCGCAUGAUCGAGCUGGGUUUUAUAUAUGUUGGGGAUGCUUGGUUUGGGUUCCAUCUGUGUAUACGUCUCCUGGCAUGUACCUAGUCAAUCAUCCCUUGAAUCUUGGCACUCAGCUUGCUCUUUCUAUUCUUGUAGCAGGCAUUCUAUGCAUAUACAUUAACUAUGACUGUGACAGGCAAAGGCAAGAAUUUCGCAGAACAAAUGGCAAGUGCUUGGUUUGGGGAAAAGCCCCAUCUAAGAUUGUCGCCUCAUACACUACUUCUUCUGGUGAGACCAAGACCAGCCUUCUCCUGACCUCAGGAUGGUGGGGUUUAUCACGUCAUUUCCAUUAUGUACCAGAAAUAUCGGCUGCUUUUUUCUGGACUGUACCAGCUCUUUUUAACCAUUUUCUACCUUACUUCUAUGUAGUGUUUCUUACUAUCCUUCUUUUCGACCGAGCCAAACGUGAUGAUGAUAGAUGUCGUUCGAAGUAUGGAAAAUACUGGAAACUGUAUUGCGAGAAGGUACCCUACAGGAUUAUACCCGGAAUCUACUAAGAGUUUGUGAGUUAGCCCAACCUCACCUUGAAUCUACUCUGGGUAUCUAUGGCACUUGAAGAGCGACACCUGAACGUGCUUUGUCUUUUUCGGAUUUAAUUAUUUAAUACUGGUUGAAUGGCUGUGGUAGUUGAAAGUUCUGUAGCAUGAGUCUCUGUCGUAAUCUUUGGCAUGCCAUGUUUUCCUUCAAAAGCCAGUAUUUGGUUUCCUCUACAUUUCUCCUUCUGGAAGUGUGGCUAAUUGAGUGGUAGUUGUGGGAAUGGUGGUACGUGGCUUGAGUGAUAAGGCGGCCUCCAUUUCGUGAGAGAAUUUGUUAGAAAUAUUUAAAAGCAGUGUUAGAGCGUAUUAUAUAUCAAUCUCGAAUCGUACUUCUUCUUAAGACAUAGUUUCAGUCGAAUAACAUGCUAGUGUAUCUUUUCUUA